AUGGGCCUCAACGAUCUCGUCACCCUCGCCCGCGAGCGCUUCAGCACCAACGUCUCGGCCUCCAUCAGCAACCUGUCAGCCCAGCAGUGGAUCCGCCUGAUCGCCAUCGCCGGUGCCUACAUGCUGCUCCGGCCGUACCUCAUGAAGAUUGGCGGCAAGAUGCAGAUGCGCCAGCUCGAGGCCGAGCACGACGCUGCCGAGCAGGAGGCCCUCGCCCUGGCGGCCAAGAAGCGCCCAGCCCUCUCGCCCAACGACCUGCGUGGCACGGCUGCCCCCGGCUCCAUGACCGGCCUGCUCGGCCUCGACGGCGACAGCGACAGCGACGAUGACAACGACGACGACAACAACAACGCUCCCGCCACCAGCAGCGGCGCCGACUGGGGCAAGAACGCCCGGAGGCGCCAGCGCAAGAUGGUCCGCCAGCUUCUCAGCGCUCACGAGAAGCAGCUCGCCGAAGCCCAGGCUGACGAGGAGGACAAGGACAUUGCCGAGUUCCUCCAGGACUAG